AAAAACAACUAAUCAACUAUACGGAGUGUUUACUGUCCUUUAGGAUGGCUGAUGUGCUAGAUUUACAUGGGGAGAAUGACUUCGAAGAAGACGCAGAUGGUGAUCAUGGUUUAAUGAAAUUGAAGGAAAGUGCCAAAAAAAGAAAAGGCAGAGGAUUCGGAGCUGGUAUGAAUUCUAAUGCUUCUAAGCCCUGUAGACUCAGUCGGAACGACAAAAGAAGGGUAUGAAUCUCUAGUAGUGGAUGACGGAUCGUCAAAAUCAGGACCUCAAAGAUCCGUAGAAGGUUGGAUAUUGUUUGUAAGGAAUGUACAGGAAGAAGCUACAGAAGAAGAUAUUCGAGAUAAAUUCUGUGAAUAUGGCGAUAUAAAAAAUAUACACCUUAACCUUGACCGGCGAACUGGUUAUUUAAAAGGAUAUGCAUUAGUAGAAUAUGAAAAUUUCAAGGAAGCUUUUACUGCUAUGGAACAUCUAAAUGGUUCUGAGCUAAAUGGUCAAAGAAUUCAUGUGGAUUGGGCGUUUACGAAAGGUCCAAAUCCAGUCAAAAUGUCAACCAAACACAGAACACGUGAACGUAGUCGAAGUCGAUCAGUUGACCGUGCUCGGCGAUAAUUGUACACUCAUGCUCUAGAUAAAAUGUUUUUUUACAUA